AUGACGGACCAAGUACGCAAAAUCUUCACUAAACGGGCUGCUGUGUACCCUCACGAUUACAAAACAGUUCGAGCAUAUAAGUACUUCAGAAGUUCUUACUUAAUCUCUGCUAUUUUGGGCUACAAUUUAUUUCCUUUUACGAUUUUCAAGUCGAGAUUCGUUAGAAUUAUUUUUACAAUUUACGCUUUGUCCGUGUCUAUUGGAUUUUCAUAUCUGGUACUGAGAUAUGUGAAAUACCUAGACCGUUCGCCAUAUGUUUACAUAGCUGCAGAAUACAUUACUACUGUAAUAUUGCUGCUCUUUAUGAAUGCUGACGAUCGAGCAAAAUUUUUAAGAAGUCUAGAAUUGAUUGAUGAUAAACUCCAUGUUCACGGGUCGUAUUAUUACCGAAUACAGAAAAUAACUCAAGUCUUCGUUAUAAUCGCUAUACUUAUGAGAUUUUUAUAUUCAAUGGCGGUAUGCUUUUCAUUCAAACUGAACUGUGACGAAUCUCCUGUAAUCGUCUUCACCUCAGGAUUAAUUUUAAUUGCCGUAGAUGCAAACCAAAUACCACGUUUAAUAACGUUUUUCAUGAUCAAAUUUAGGGUAUCCCUUCUGAGGAAUAAACUGGAAAAUUUGUUUCAUAAUACUGCUAUAUCAGUAAUUGACACAAAAGAUAAACGAAAAAGUCUCCUUUUAUAUCAAGACAUUUAUGAAGAUAUUUUUGACUCCAUCAAUAUCAUCAGCAAGCAAAUCGAUCCUUUCUUCCUGCUAAGUUUGGUUUGCAGUUUUCCCAAGAUAAUGCUUCUAUUGUACAACAUAAUUGUUCUACAAAAAAGAGGGGUGCCGAUAAUUCACUUGGUAGCGCUGGGGUUGGAGGCGGUGCAAUGGGCUCUAAUUCCAUGUCUACCGGGAAUCGUGUUCGAGAUGACCCGAGCGCAUGUUGACAAAAUGAAACUAUUCCUGCUUAAACACUACAAAGACAGUACUCGUAACAAUCACGGUAUCCGAGCGGAAAUAAAGGAAUUCCUGGACUACAUCGAGAUACGGCCAUGUCGCUACUUGCUGUACCGGUUUAUUCCAGUGGACUUGUCGCUUCCAGUCUGCUUGUUCCAUCUUUGCACCACAUAUCUCAUCGUCAUGAUACAGUUCUCGCAUCUGCUGGAUGAUGCUGCCUAGAUAGUAACCGAUUUUGAGUAAAAGCCUCAUUUCGACGUCGAUUGGAAUAAGGCUCAUGGUGGAGAUAGUUCAGAAAGAGAUAGAACACAAAACCAAUU